AUGGGCCCUCGCUUCCUGAGCGCGGGGGCGGAGGGCGCCAUGGACCUGUGCGGGGAGUGCUUCGCCUUCCACACCUUCGAGGAGGGGGAGAAGUUCGACUGCCAUUUCAUGCCGGAGGGCAUCAAGGGAUUCCACAAGGGGAAGGGCAAGGAGAAGGGCAAGGGGCACAAAGGAAAGGGCCCGAAAGGGGACAAGGGCAACCACGCAGGGUUCUGGACGCCAACAGAUUUCGGCACGGACCCGAUGCAAGGUGAAGAGGGGAACUUACUCCAGGGCGCGCCUGGAGGCGAGCAGGAGAAGCAGGCCGCGCAGGGCACGCCUGUCCUGAUGCUGCAGGGCAAGAGCUGGCAGAAGGGCAAGAGCAGGAGCAAGGGCAGCAGGGGCAAGUCAGGCUCGUGGCGAGGGCAGGCCGACCAGAGCGGAUGGGCCGCAGAAGCAGGGGACGCCACUGCGGCCCUGGAUGCCGAAAGCGAUCCGACCGGCAUGCCUGCGUGGGGCUACGGGGGCUACUGGAGCUGGGUGCCAGGCUACGAGAUACCUUGA